GAGUGAAAUGGUUUGCGAUAUGCUUUGUUGGUGGCAUCGUAUGUUCCAUUCUUGGGACAGCACUGUUAUGGCUUCCAUCAGGACUGAAAUUGUUUGCUGUUUUCUAUACCCUAGGAAAUGUUGCUGCAUUAGCCAGUACAUGCUUCCUGAUGGGACCUAUGAAGCAGCUGAAAAAAAUGUUUGAGCCAACAAGACUAAUUGCAACACUCGUUAUGCUGUUUUCUUUUAUAUUCACACUCUGUGCUGUGUUCUGGUGGGGUAAGAAAGGUUUGGCCCUGCUAUUCUGCAUAUUGCAGUUCUUUGCAAUGACAUGCUGGGACCAAAGGUACUUCUCAGAAAAGCACUAUUGUCCUCCGUUGGAAGCAGGAGCUAUGGAGGUGUCAAAGGAAUUCAAAGGUAUAGUCUGUCAUACAUUCCUUAUGCAAGGGAUGCUGUGAUGAAAUGCUUUACUUCCUGCCUAAGUUAAACAAAACAAAAACACCUCUGGAAUGCUUUUCUUUUUUAAAUCCAACUGUAUUUUAUCAGAAGUGUCUUUAGAAAAUUAUAAAUUUCAACUCCUGAAGUGCCUAAUGACAGUUUUGUAGUUUUGUUCCCUUUUGUACACUGGGGAUUAAAUCAUUUUAGGAGAACCAAUUUUAAACACAGGAUGGGUAAACUUGUAUUUUAUUCUGAAACAUUUGAAAACUAGCAUAAUCUUUAACACUUUCUGCAGAGCCAACUUAACGGAAACUGUCUCAAAGAGUUUUAACAAAGUUAAAUCCCCAGUAUAGGUGCAGAGCCUAUGGAUUCGGGAUAAUAUAUACAUGUUAUUAUGUAUGUAUAGGGAAAAAAUAUAUCUAUAUAUAUAUAGAUAUAUAGAUAUCCAUCUAUCCUACGGCUCCUGCUUCCAACCUAUAGAUAUAUAUAUCUAGAUAUAUUAGAUAUAUAUGUGUUUCCUAUACAGUUUUGUCUAAGACUUGAUUUAUGACAUUACUAUUUAUGCAUUAUUCAUUGUAUGCUUUACCCAAAGACCAAGAUUUUGUAAUCAUUGCUAAAAUGAAAGGUUUGGUAUAGUGUAGUUACCCUGCUACUUUGAAGUGCCUGUACAUGUGCAGUGUAUGGAAAGCUUGAUGUGAAUGUGAGAGAGCUUUUAAAAGCUUGCUGAGUUUUGCUAAAGAGCUUACAUUUUGAAUGCCAACUUUUUUACUUUCAGAUUUAAAAAAAAUACUUUUACUAAAAUAGCUUAUGGAUAAUAUAAAUCAGUGAUUGUGAAAUAAAAUAAAA